UUGUAACACUGUAGUAGUUUGCAAAAAAAAGUAAUUUCGUGUAGUCGCAUUUUCUAUACAACGCAAAUAUUAAAAGCCGCAUUAAAUUGCAAUUACAUUAAAAAAAGCAAUAAAUAAAGAAGAAAUUUAAAAGAAAUUCAUUCCAUUCGUAGUUUUUGUGAAAAUAUAUUGUGUAUAUCGACAGUAAAAAUGGAUCUUGGCGGUCCACAAGUAUUAACAAACAUUUUAUCGCCCGAAGAGUUGGAGCAGACACCACAAGGGGUGCAAGAUAAAUUGAAAAAAUAUUUGGAUGAAUUUUUCGAUGAAUAUUGUAAAGAUAAAGCAGCGGCCAAUCGACUACAUGACUAUGAGCUUAAAGCCGACGAGCUACAGGCUCAAAUACAGGACUAUGAAUUAAAGUUACAAAACUACAACCAAAAUGUUACCGAACUUCGUAGUCAAUUGGACACGGUGUCCAAUGAACGCAAACAACUAUUGGAGACCACUAGUUCCUAUGAGAGAGAAUUGUCCACGUUGCGCAAUGAAAAGAAGGCCAUAGCAGACGAUCGUGAUCACUUGUUGAAAGUGAUUGAAAGACAAAAUAGCGAACUAGAACGCUUGCAACAGGAUCUAAAAGCCUACCAACAACAGCUUAAGGCGGCCAUUACUGCCAAAUGUGAGGCAUUAGCUCGCGUAGAUGAAAUCGAGAGUAAAGAGGUGGCUUUGGAUUUCAAGGAACGCCGCAUGGAACAGGAACGCGAAAUGUUGCACAAACAGAUACAAACUCUAUCACAGGAUCUUAAUCGCAAUAUUUCAGAAUUACAAAACAUUAGACGAGAAAAUACCAUGAAUACCAUGCAAUUGGAAGCACGUUUGACCGAGAAGACCGAAGAAGUGAAAAUCAUACAGGUGCAAUGCAAUCAGUACAAAGAAACUAUUGAACGCUUAACACAAAAUAUCCAAGAACUGUCCACUAAAAUGUUGGGUCAAAGUGAGGAAGCUCAGAAGAUGAUGGAUUUCUAUAAGAAAGAAUUAGAUGCCAAAACGAAGUUGUCCGAUCUAUACAAGAGCAAUUGCGAGGACACUGAUAUUGAACGCAACGAAUUGUCUGCCGCUCUAUCCGAUCUUAAGCGCAUGUUAGCCGAAGCCAGUGACCAAUAUGGUGAGCUGGAGACCACAUUUAAGGCCACCCAACUGAAACACGAACAAGAUUUGGAAGAAAAGAACAAAGUUAUUGAAGCGCUCAAAGAUGAAGUUAAACAUGCCAAUGAAUUGCUCAAGGAACUACAAGAUGAAAGUGUAGAAAACGCCAUAUCAAAAUUGGCACCUACCGCCGCAGUGGCUUCACGCUUGAUACGUUCCGAUAUGUCUCUUACCGAACUCUACUCAUUGUAUGUUAAAGCCACGGAAGAAUCAGAAAUGCAGAAGCGUGAAUUGGCUAGAUUGAAUCUUCAACUGAAAACUAUUCUCAGCGAGCUUAAUGAAAAUGCUCCCAUGGUCAAGAAGCAGGAAUUAGAAUAUGAAAAACUCUUGGAAACUAAUAAUAUUCUAGCCCAUCAACGUGAUGAAUUAUUGUCCAAGAAAACCGAUAUGGAAGAAUUGUUAGUUGAUGCCCAUGCCAAAUUGAACCACAUGGAAAGAGAGAACAAAAAGCUCAAACAUUCACAAACAGAUCUCAGUCGCCAGGUCUGUUACUUGCUCAAAGAAAUCGAACAAUUGCGCAUAGGUUUAACAACAGACGGCGCCAACUGUAGUUCUUCACAAUGGGGUAAUAUCACCACCACCGACGAUGUCAUAUCCAAGAAACUGGUAACAUUUAACAACAUCACAGAACUACAAGAAAACAAUCAAAAACUUUUACUGCUCGUCAGAGAUCUAAGUACAAAACUUGAAGAAGCUGAGGCUCUUAAGCAGGAAUUGGACGAGGCUUCUUAUCAAGAGAAACUAGAGAACUACGCCAGUAAAUUCCAAAGCAUGCAGGACACUUUGAAUCAACAAAACAACACCGUAGCCACUUUAGUGUCCAAAUGUGAACGUUACAAGAAAUUGUACUUCGAAUUGCAAAAGAAACUCAACAAACAAUCCUCACCAGACGAACUAAGCGACAUGGAAGAUGAUACUAUGGGCGGUGAAGAAAAUGAAACUCUGAAUGUAUCAGCCCAAUCUCCGGCCGCUAAGAAUGCAAAGUCGAAAGAAUACGAAAAACGUAUACGUGAUUUGGAACAACAAUUACAAGAUGUUAGAGAUAACUAUAAGACCCUCAAGGAGCAGUAUGAGUAUUAUUCACAGGAAAAGAAAAAUAAUGAAAAAAUACUUAACGAACAGUUUGAUUCAAUGCGCACUGAGGUUAGAGAACUUACUUCUACUAAUUGCAAGUUGGUGUCUACACUGGAAUACACCAAAGAGCAAAUCAAAUUGCAACAGAAGAAUAUACAGACUUAUAAGCAGCAGAUACAGGCUUUAGAAGAUCGCAAUAAAAACUAUGAAAAUACCAUUGUCAAACAUGAACAAUCUGUACUCUAUCUUAAGGACGAAAUCAUGAAAUCGCAGCGCAACCAAUCUGCAGCCGAAUCAGAGUCCAGUCGUUUAAGGCAUGAAAAUCGCAUACUAAAGGACACUGUUGGACGUUUGCAAUCUGAAAAGGAAGCAUUUAAUCGUGAGCAACAGAGCCAAUCGUUACUGCUUAAUAAUUUAGAACUUAUUAAAUCCAAUUUGGAGAGAUCUGAAAUGGAAGGCAAAGCCAGACUUGAGCAACGUUUGGAUGAAACUGUGCGGGAAUUGUCGGCUCAAAGAAGAAGAUUCCAGGAGGAAGAAGAUCGUUUCCGUGAAACCACCAAUGAUUUGAAGAGACAAGCUGAUUCGGCCAAAAAACUAAUGGAAGAGGAAAAGUCCCAAGCAGACAAGUUGCGUCUUGAACUAAUCAGCAUGCGAGAAGAACUACAAACCAAGGCUCUACAAAUCGAUGAACUCAGUAAGAAACUUCAAGAAAGUCUUACACCUUCUAAGAACGACAAUCCUAUUGUAUUGGCAAACAAAAAAGCUCGAGAAUUUGAAGUCAAAUAUGAGGAAUCGAAAAUUGAAAUAGAAUCCCUCACAGCAAAUCUGGCCAAGGCAAAGGAGCAUGCCGAUCAAUACUACAAGAUGUCGCAAAGUGCUGAAACCGAAAUUAAAAAUCUGCAUGAAGUUCACACUGAAUAUGUAGCAAAAACAGAGGCAGAAUUGAAAGAACUGCGCACUUCCGAAAUGAAUCUUAAAAAUCGAAUUAACGAACUGGAAGCUGAUUUACAAUUGGCUACUGUUAUAGAAGCACCCGUAACGAAUAAUGCCCCUGCUGAACAGAUAAGAAAACUGCAAGAUGAACUUAAAGAUUCUCUACAAAAAGUAAGUGAAUGCAAUCGCAAUUUACGCACUCUAAGAGCUGAAAAUAUUACACUGUCAGAAAACCUGAACAGUGUGGAAUCUAAAUAUGCCAAUGAAAUGAUAUUACAUUCGGCUGAUAUCCAAGAACUGGGUAAAGUUAAGCAAGAAUUGGUGAAGAUACAAAGCCAAAUCAAAGAACUUACCAUGGAUAGAGAUAGUGCCAAGUCUGCUUUGGAGGAUGUCAAGCGUUCGCAAGAAGAAAACAUUGCUCUAUUACGCAAAGAAAAAGAAGAGUUCGAAAAACGCGUAGAAGAUCUAAACUCUUUAAAUGCCAAUCUUCACGAUCAAAUCGAAGCUCUAUCUUCUAAACUGACCGCCAUUAGUCAGUCGGCACCAGCCGGAAAUCUCAAUGAUUCUGCCAUGGAUACCUCAACUACCGAUUUAAGCCGUUCCAUGUUGGAUGCAGAAGCUGAAAAUAAAAAUAACGAACAAUUAUUGCAAAUCAUAAAGUUCUUACGUAAAGAAAAAGAUCUAACCGUGGCUAAAAUGGACAUAUUAAAGGCUGAAAACACAAGACUCUCGUCAGAGUUCACCAUCUUACAAAAGAAAAACGAAGAGUUGCAAGAUUUCCUUAAUCGUGAACGUUCCAAGACCGAUACAAAUCUUAUUUCGGCCUCCAAACAUGAGGAAAUUUUACGUAAAAUCGAAACCUUAAAUGCUGUUACCGAUAGCAAUCGCGUUUUGCGUGAAGAACGCAAUGCUCUUACUCAACGUGUUAAGGAGUUAAAUGAACGCAUUAGUGCUUUAGAGGAUGAACUGUUCCCAUUGCAAACACAAAAUCGUGAUCUUAACACCAAGAUCGAUGAACUUAACUCUGAAAAUAGUUCAUUGCGUACAGAGGCUAUGAGAUGGCGUCAAAGAGCAAAUGUCUUAGUUGAAAAGAGUAACAAGAAUCCCGAAGAAUUCAAACGUUUACAGACAGAGCGUGAAAACUUGGCCAAAAUGCUAACGGCCGAAAAAGAACAAAUCAAAUCGCUUAACGAAGAAUUGCAGGGAGUUAAGGGUGAGAAGGCGCGCCUUGAAGCAGAAUUAGCUUCAUUGGAGAGACAGCUUCAUGUAAUGACCGAAGAUAAGAAGAGUUUGAAUGCCGAUGUCGCCACUAUGAAACAAACCAAUUCCCGCCUCAUGCAAGAGGUCAUGGAGUUGAAGAACAAGCUGUUGGCUAAGGAAGAAGCCGUACAAAAGGUCACAGAAGACUUGGAGUCUAAAGAACAAUUGCUGCAAGAUUCUAAAAAUAAGGAAGUUCAAAUACGCAAAAUCGCCAAACGCUACAAAGAUUCUUAUUUGGAGUUACUAAACAAAACUCCUGCUUCAGCAGCGGCAGGUGGAGAUGCUGCCAACAAUACUGCCGGUCAAGAUGGCAUAGAAUUAGGCGGAGCCAAUAAUAAUCCUGAAGCAGCCACAAAAGCCGAGUUGGAACAACAACGUAGCACAAUUGAAAGUCUUAAUGGCGUCAUACGCACCAUGCAAGAGGAAAACGAGAAAAUACGCAAAGAACAUGAAGAUCUUAAGACUUCGAUAGAAAUCGAUGAACGCACUAAAACUUUAUUGCGUGAGGCUAAAACUCACAUUGUUAGCUUGACCGAGUCACGUAAUGUGGUCAGCAGUGAAUUGGCCGCAACUAAAACUAAAUUGCUUCAAAGUACCGAGGCACAUGAGGCGGCCAUUAAUGAAAUGAAAUCACAGUACGAAGAUACUUUGGCUCGUUUGGAGCGUGAGCUGAUGGAGCAAAACAAUCGCAAUAAAGAAGAUGUUCAACGUUUGACCAGAGAAAAUGAGUCUCUUAUAAUGCGCAUCAAUCAGUUAAACCGCCAAUUGGGUUUACAACAAUCUGCCAAACCCUCCACUUCAUCAGUGGCUUCAGAAAAGGGUUCAAUAUCUGAUUCGUCGCCACGAACUGCGAAUGUUAAACCCAUGUCGGGUACAGCUUCAGUGCAGCAAUCGGCCACUGUUACACCCUGGCGUGGCGGAGAAACACCUUUGGCCAGCAUUAGACCUAUAUCAGUGCAAAAUACACGUACAGCUGCCAUUCUACCCACCAGUCAACAAAGUUCUUCGACUGGCAGUAAUGUAGUGGCUGGAACAUCGACAUCCUCCACCUCUACUUCGUCGACUUCAACACCUUCAAGCACACCCUCUUCUGCAGCGGGCAGUAGCAAUACUGCUUUAGUACCGCCACAACAACAGGUACAUACCACUGGUAGUGCUUCUUUGGAAACCAUGUCUUCAUCUCCAACAUCAUCACACACCGACUACAUGCCAUCAACCAGCAGUUCAGCCUCUGUAGCAGUUGCCGCUGUUCCACCCAUGGGUUCAGCUUCAGCCGCUGAAAGUUCUCAAGAAGCCGAAAGUAUCCAGCAACCACAACAGAAUGAGCCACAGGCCCAUGUUAGUGGCGGUAGUGGCAAUCAGGCACAAGUUGUUGCUCUCGUUUCGCCUAGAGUAGAAGGCUCUGCUCAGUCCGCUCCUUCGGUCAAUGUACAGCUUAUACAAGAUCCCAAUAAUCCACAACCCAGUACUUCGGGAUCCACUGGUUGUUCUUCGCAUAUUGCAGUCAGUAGUCACAAUCGGCACACACCGUCCAGCAGCAAUGUUACAACUACCCAAGCAGGUUCUUCGGCUGGACACAAACGUCCUAGGGAAUUGGAGGGAGAAUCGUCCACAACUGCCGAUGAUUCGGAUAAAUCAUCAUCAGCUAAACAUCCCAAACGUAUGAGAGCGCCAAUGCACAGUGCAGAAGCCGCAGUAAUGACAGCUGGUGUUUCCGACUCGGGUAUUGAUGUCGAUCAAGUACCAACCUCAUCUCAACGCGAUCAAGAAGACGAUGUUGUCGUUUUAGAUUCUGAAGAUGAUGGCAUGGCAGAAGCCGAGGCCGAUGAGGGUGGUCCCACCGAUGGCGAUGGUGAACACGAAGUUUACGAAGACUACGAUCAAGAUCAAGAUAUGGACGAAAAUGAAUGUCCUGAAGUAAAUGAGAGCAACUUACGCCACGAAGCUGGUGAAGCCGACAACAAUGAAGUAGAUGUCGAUGAAGAUUUAGAAAAUCACGGACAAUGCUCGUCAGCCGGAGCGGCUGGUCAAGCAGAUAAUGAUCCUUAUGCAACUGGUGCCAGUACAAGUGCUGCAGCAGCUGCUGCUAUGGCCAAGGCUCAUAGCCAACAGGACAAUAAUCAACAAAGUCAAGCCAUCAGCAGUGGCAGUGGAGAAUCGCCACAGAGAAAACAGGCUAAUACAUUGACCAGACAGCAAAAGGCUACACUUAUGAAAAUGCAACAGGGUGCAGAUGUAACAGAGACUUCUGAAAUGAGUGGAGCUCGCCGAUCUGACAGUACUGAAAUCGUUAGUUCACCACAAGACUCUAAAUUUACUUACGGCACCGAUAGUGCUUCGUCUAAUACUGCACAACAAUCUGGUGAACAUUCUGCCGAAGAUGGACAAGAAAAUCAAGGCACUAAUGCUGAUGAAGGUGGAGAAGCAGCCGCUGGCGGAGAAUUUAUGUCUGAAGAUUAUGAGCAAAAGAAAAAUGCUGAAGCAACAUCGGAAGAUAAUCAAAAGGACAACAUUGAAGAAGCAGUAGAGGGCGAUGAUGAUUUUAAUGAAGAAGAAGCUGGUGAUUCUGUAGAAGCUUCCGAAAAUAUUGACAGUGAGAGCCAUCACAGUAGUGGAGCUACACAAUCUGAAAUUCAAGAUAUACAACAAAAUCAAAUUGAAGCCACUUCAGAAGACAAUGAGGGUGCCGAUGGCGUUUCUUCAGAGGGAGAAAAACAAGCUGUCGAAGAAGUUGAGGAGGAGGGCCGUGAAGCAGAAGCUUCUACCUCACCGUCUAUAAAUACCCGAUCUAAGGCAACAAAAGGCACACCCUCAAAUAGAAGACAGAAUAGAGGUGGUUUUCAACGUGGCGGUAGUCGUCCCACUCCCAUAGUAUGGCAAGAUUCCCCAGGCAAUUCACGUAAUGCUGCCAACAACCAACCGGGCAGCCCUGGACGUGGUGCUUUUGGUAAUCAGAGAGGCCAACGCGCUAGACGCAUGCGACGACCAGGCGGUGGCAAUUUUUCCAAUAGAAUUUAAUUUUAAUAAAACUUAAUUUAAACAUCGG